UCGACAAACCCUAAACUCGUUAUCAGAGAUAAAUGGUAUCACGACGGUGGUUAUGAACUUAUUACUUGAACUUGUUAACCCGGGCUUUCUGUUUCAGGCUCCAUGCACGUCCCCAUAAAAGGGGACAUUUGGCGCGUCAUUUGACUCUUUAUCCGCACAAAAUGGACUGAUCGUGUGCCGCCUACUUCAGUCAGGAGGAAUAGGUCAUUAUAAUGGAGAGCUAUGAAGAAUAGAAAUACAUUAUCACAGCAAAAAAGGCAGGAGAGGAAUGCUGGCAGAAAAUUGCUUAUUAACAAACUGUAAAUUUGUUAAUGAAAAAACUAAUUCGUAAUUAGUUAAUAUAUUUAUUUUACCACCCAAUGCACUCUCCAUGUCUCCCAGAUCCAGAGCUCUUUAACUUUAAACUUGAUGUGGCAGAUUUAAACAUUAUACUCUGUUGUGGGUUGCAAUGUGGACCCAAACACAGACACAGAUGAAAUAAGUAAAUGAAAUAAGGCUUUAUUGCCAGGGAAAUGGGGAAUGGAGGUGGAAGGAGUGGGGGUGAAGCAGGCCGAGGCAGAGGACUGGAGGGCUGAGAUGAGUGAGGGACAAUGGCAAGGUCUGGCAGAAGGGAGCAGGUAGUGGUGGGCUGGAUAGUGGGCAAGUGGGCAAGCUGGCAAGCAGGCAGGCAGGCGAGUGGUGGUGGUCCAGGAGCACUGCAGAGAGAGAUAGCAGUUUGCAACAAUAUCAAACUUGGAGAAACUACUAUAUACAAGUGAGAAGCCUGAAGUGUAAGCUACCAUUGAGUAGAAACAACAAUCUAGCAAUGAGUGGAUGAAGAGCCGGGGUAUAUAUACUGCAAGCUGAUGAACUGAUGAGAAGCAGGUGAGCAGACUGGGAGAGGUGAUGAGCUGAUUGCAGACAGGAGUGAGUCAUGGCAGCAGAGGACACGUUUGACUACAAGAAGGUCAAAGAGGCCAUCCUUGCCAAAUAUGAAAUCAAUGUUGAAGUCUAUCGGCAGAGGUUCAGGGAACCUGAUAUUCGACCUAAUGAGAACCCGAGAGAGUUCUACAAUCGACUUAAAGACUUGUAUGACAAGUGGAUCCAACCAGAGAAGAGGACCAAGGAGCAGGUUGGGGAGAUCUUCAUUCUGGAGCAAUUCUACUGCUCCCUCUCCCCAGAGCUCAGAGUGUGGAGGAAAGGAAUCCAGAGUCAGCAUGGGAAGCAGCUCAACUGGUGGAGACCUUCCUGGCAGCCUGACAGGGGUCCAAGAGCUACCACUUAGAGGCUCCCCACAAGCCCUUCACUGCACAGGGUAAGCCAUUGGGGUCAGGAGAAGGAGGUGGUCCUAGAGAGUAGGGAUGUGCAGAGAUCCCAGUAUUUGUAUUUGUAUCU